AUGGAUGUUCAACGCCAAUUUCCUGGUGUGCACUGGGUCUGGGGAGGAGGCAUCUCCUAUGUCUACGAGGUCCAUCCUCUCAUCGUGGUCAAGGUUCCCAAGUCCGGCCCGGAAGAGAGAGAGAAAUUUCGCAAAGAACUCAAGGUUUAUGAGAUUCUAUCUCGGCAUCCGCCCUGCCCACAUCUAGUACAAUGUUUCCACUAUACAAUAGACGGAAUCUUCCUUGAGUAUAUGAGAGAUAUAUCUCUUGCGUAUAGGAGACAAUUCAAUCUUACUCGGGGCCCCGAAACUCGUGUGGUUAUUAAAGUGGGAAAGCUGGAGCCCUUGGCCCUACGAAAGUCGUGGAUGAACGAUCUUGCUCAAGGUGUUGCUUUCCUCGGAUCGCUUAACCUCGCUCACGGUGACCUGCGACCUGAAAAUAUUCUGCUUGAUCGUAACCGACUAAAACUGGCGGAUUUUGAUUGCACAGCCGAAUUCGGAACAGAUUUCGAAACUUGCCCUUGCCCGUACGGAAGACUACUCAAUAGUAACGAAGCAGACCAGGGAACACCUGGAACUGCCGGCCUCCUAGGUCCUCGAACAGAGCAGUUCGCCCUCGGUUCAUUAUACUACUUGAUCAACUAUGGUUUUGAGGUUUAUGACGAUCAAUGUCUUGCCGACGAUCUUUAUGAGCAUGGACCUAAGGUCGUGGACUUACUACAGGACAUGGAGUUUCCGAAGCUCGAUGGCGAUCCGCUUAUUGACGAUAUCAUCGAUAAAUGCUGGCACAACCAAUAUCUCACGCUUGCGGAUUUGGCCACACAUACAGAGGCUUUGCUUAAGGAACCACAAAGCGCGGCACUGGACCACGAAGCAGCCUCCACUUCGGGGUGGUGCACAGCUAUAGACAGAAUACUGCGUCAGUUAUGGUCCAGACUCGGGGUCCGACGGCGGAGCAAUGUGGAGGUAACUAAGGGAGACGAUCAGAAGCGCUAUGUUGGGGAUCUAUCUUCGAAAGAGGAAUUCUGCCGGGACUUGGAGAAGCGUGGACUUCUUCGCCUACUUACUUCGAGUAAGCCCACGGAGCUUGGAUUCAAAAUGGAGCACAGGCAUGUGUUACCAACUACUCCGGCGAGCUGA